CAGUACCCCUUCUCUCCGUUUGCUCUCAAGGAAAGAUCUCGCGAUGGAUACUAAGCGAUCAAACCGCUUUCCUGAUCCUCGAGUCAAGCGCUAUCGCGUCGGUGGCAACAGCAGCUUUGGAGGCAGUGUCGGCGAGAGUGUCAAAAGUGGUCUCACCAUCAACCUCCCUUACGGCGGCAUCGCCGUCACCAUCCCGGCCGGCGGCGGCAUCAUCUACCCACCGGGAUGCACUACAAUCACUCUUCCUCUCUUCGCGAGCACUCUUGCCCUCGGCGGCGACGGCGCCAUCAUCGGCUUGACUCACCGUGAUGGCAACAUCUCGCUCCCUAACGGCACUCACGUUCUCCUUAACGGAGGUAGCAUGACAAGCCCUCCUAGCCAGACCAUCAAUCUCCCUGGCGGCAUCACCAGCACCGGCGCUACCAUCAACCUCUCAGGCGGAACGAUACUCACCGUCCCCAGCGACUACGUCUUCACGAAGCGCACUGUCGCCCUCCCCGUUUCUGAGUACCUGGAGCGGGAAUGGUCCCUUCCUGGAGACAUGAUCCUCCCUCAGGACGCCACCCUGACCAUCCCGAAGAACGGCAAUCUCGUCGUGGGCCUAGGCGGCAUCACUUCCAGCAGUGACAUCAUCUUGAACGGCAGUACCCCCUUCCCCAGGGAGGUGACUCUCGGUGCGGCCCUAUUCUUCAGUUUCAAGAUCUCGAUCCCCAAGGGCGUGCGCAUCCUGGCCGGCACCGUCGUCGGCCCGGCCACCGACCAUCUGCCCGCCGGCACCGUCAUCCCGGGAGGCAACGUGUUCCCCAGCGACACAGUCGUGUCCGCCGGCAUCCGCCUCCCCACCGGCACCGUGCUACCCGGCGGCACGACCGUCCCGCGCGGAACCGUCCUCCCGGCCGGGAUCAAACUUCCUCGAGGCGCGACUCUGCCUGCUGGCAUUACCCUCCCUGGAGGCACCACCCUUGCCAAGGGGAAUUAG